CACGUGACUGGUUCUUACGUUCGAUUUCAAACAUGGCCGCUGUGGAUAAAUAAAGAUUAGUGACAGAAAAGUUUAUCGUUUCUUUCUUAAAUUCAGGAUAUAUUUCAGAUUCCCAAGAAUGGAAACUUGCUAAAAUGGUCUGAAGAAAGUGCUUUACAUUUUAUAAUAAUACGAUCUGCAAUUCCAACACGGACCGAGCAGAUAAACUUUUGACCCUAGUAAAAUUAUUCAGUCGGAUUGGCUUGACUUGCCUCAAAAAUACAAAGUAAACACGGUCCGUGCACUGCUCUCAAUCAUGGCAGACGAACAAGAUAUUAUUGGCAGUGCGUCGGAAUUCAUUAAAGAUCGACUAUACUUUGCAACUCUUCGAACAAGGCCACGUUCAUCAGCACACACGCACUACUUCUGCAUAGAUGAAGAACUGGUAUAUGAAAAUUUCUAUGCAGAUUUUGGGCCCCUGAAUCUGUCCAUGUUAUACAGAUACUGUUGUAAACUGAAUAAAAAAUUAAAGUCCUUUUCAUUGGCAAAGAAAAGAAUAGUACAUUAUACAAGUUUUGAUGCAAGAAAAAGGGCUAAUGCAGCCUGUCUUAUAGCCAGUUAUGCAAUUAUAUAUUUAAAGAAGACACCAGAAGAAGCAUACAGACCGUUGGUUGCUGGUUCAAAUCCACCGUUCUUACCCUUUAGGGAUGCCUCAUUUGGUGCCUGUACAUACAACCUCACAUUAUUAGAUGUUUUACAUGGGUUAAAUAAAGCAUUAGCAAAUGGAUUUUUUAAUUUUGACACGUUUGAUGUUGAUGAAUAUGAACAUUAUGAGAGGGUAGAAAAUGGCGAUCUAAACUGGAUAAUACCAGACAAGUUCCUUGCAUUUAGUGGACCUCAUCCAAAGAGCAAGAUAGAAAAUGGUUAUCCAUUACAUGCACCAGAGGCGUACUUCCCCUACUUCAGGAAACACAAUGUAACCACAAUUGUCCGACUGAACAAGAAAAUAUAUGAUGCGCGGCGGUUCACAGAUGCAGGUUUCGAUCAUUUUGAUCUGUUCUUCAUUGAUGGUAGUGUACCCAGUGACACUAUAGUACGGCAGUUUCUAGAACUCUCAGAAAAUGCGGACGGUGCUAUAGCUAUACACUGUAAAGCUGGUUUAGGUAGAACUGGCACUCUGAUAGCAUGUCAUAUGAUGAAGCAUUAUAAGUUCACAGCAGCAGAGGCGAUAGGUUGGUGUAGAAUAUGUCGGCCAGGGUCAAUAAUCGGACCACAACAGAACUUUCUAGAGGAAAAACAAGCAUGGCUGUGGAUGCAGGGAGAUUUACAUAGGGCCAAAGUCAAGGAUGGAGACAAGAGACGAGAGAGACAUCACAGUGUAUCUAAAUUACUGACCGGGGUAGAUGACAUGAGAAUACAGGAUUCUCUUGAGGUUGGAUAUGUUAAUGCCUGGAGUAAUGAAGAUGAUAGGAUAUACACGGGUCCCGUGACACGAGGCACAAGAAUUGAAACACAGGGUGAUAAACUGAAUCAGCUCAAGUUACUACGGGGAAAACACACACGAUCAGCCACUACAGGGGGUUUAGGGCACGAGGAUGUAAAAAGUCACAAAAGAUCCACAACUCAACCCCUCCGAACCACCUCAAAAAGUGCACAUGGGUCUGUUAUGUCCCCCCUGAAAGCCAGUAAAGUUAGUUCAGUGCUCGCCAACAACCAUGCCAACACAGGCUCCAUAAAACGAGGCACGAGACAUUCAGGGUCAUCAACAAGUGCCAAAAGAAAACAUACACACAAUUAUAGUUUGAGGAACACGAAAGGCGUGUCUCCUAGUUUGAGCCACGGGGAUCUCUCGUAUGGCCUCCGGUCAAGUUACAUCGAUAAUAUGCCCAUGGAAUACAAAUCUGCAUCUCUGUAUGACACUAACAUCGAAUAUUCCUCCGUUUCUGGCACGUGGCCGUACAAAUAUCAGUCUUAUACAUCCACAUCUAGCAUACGAGAGAGAGAAUUUGCCAUUAGGGAGUGACCGGUCGGUUCCACAUACCCGCAGUACUAAGGCCUCGCUGAUCCGGUGACCUUGAACUUCAUUUGACCCCCAGUUUUGUUGUCAUGGCAACAUAGAUUUAUUGUUAUUGAAGAACCUGUGAUGUGGAUGUGAAAUUACUAUGCAGAUACUGUUCAGGACUAAACUUUUGAUUGUUUUCACGUGUCUGUAAAAAAAUAUCAUAAUUUAAGUAGAAAAUUGUUCUAGUCCAUUUUGCAUUACUUUAAUCUUGCUUACAACAUUACACUACUUUAUUUUUAUAUUCCUAACCUACCUUUUUUAGUUUGUUAUAUAACCUUUAACCAAAAUCAAGUUAUAUUUAAAGCGCAAAAAUAUAUUUUACUACGAAAAUUUUGAUAAAGUGAUUUUAACAGGCAUAAUGGGAUAAUUAUACUUUCGUUUAAAUUUUCUUUAAUUUUAACAUUUUAGUCUGUGAAAUAUUAGAGCAAUAAGAAGGAUAUUCAGGGCUUUACAACAUUUCAUAAUAUAACAGCUUAUAAAAUGAAAUAAAUAUGCAAAAUUGAGACUUGAAUUUUUUGUUUGAAGGCACGUCAUUAGGCUGCCAUAUUUUAUUCAUAUUAAUGUUCCUUUAGUGAAAUUGUAAUUUAUUUUAGCUGUUGCUAUAAUGGAAUCUUGAAUUUGAUCAAUAUUGGUGAUAAAAAAACUGACAAACAUACUUAAAAUCAUGUUGGCAUUUUAAACAUUGCAAGGCAAUGCCAGUAAUUUGUUCAUGUGUACCAGUAAUGUAUGGAUAAAAAUGGUAUUAUUCUAUGGAUGUUUUUAGCAGGACUUGGUUAGAAAUAAACAGCAGCUCAGUCUGCCUUAGAACUUUUUGAAAUGAAUUAUAACUCUCCAUCUGCUUGCAAACACAUGAUACAUUCUGACAAGUUCAUCUUAACAUAUAUCUGUACCUUUGUGAAAACUUUGUAGUACAUUAAUACUACUCUUAGUAACAGUCCCUAAAAGCAUUUUAACGUAAAACCAUUUUUAUGUUCUGAAUUUUUAGAAAUUGACUAUAGGAAUAUAGUCCAUUUUGUCAUGAAUUUGGGAUAUUGCUGUAUCUUGUUAUAUUCUGUAAGGCUGUUGUUUACAUUCAUCUUGUAUUAUAGAAUCACUGUCAGUUGUUUGUACUCUCUAUACGACCAUUUAUACUUGUUGUUUAAUAAACUUUAUUUAUUUUAGAAUGUUAUAUGGACUGUUUUAUACAUGUAAAAUAUUUUUGACAGGUGUACAGUAUAUUUUAAUUGUGCAAAAAACUUUGAAGUCUGUGAUAUAUGACACUGACACCGUUGGCAGUGUGUGGAUAGAGUUGGCUAAAAUGGCCUAAAUUUAUAAUAAUAAGGAAGGAUGCUUAUUUUGCUGUAAAACUUUAUACAUGUUGAUGUAUAAAAUUUGUUGGCAGAGCUUUGUUAUUCUGCAAGUAAUGAUGCAAUGCUGCAAGAUUUCAGACCUGAAACAGAGCAAGAGAUCUUUAAGUUAAAUGAAUAAUCAUUAUACGUUUUUGUUUAAUGAUUCAGUUUUGUUUUAUUGGUCGGACUGUAAGCAGAUGCUUCAUAUUCUGACAGAAGUCCACCAGAUGCAGUUUUCCUUUAUGACCGAGAUGCCAUGUUUGAGAUUAACUACAAGUUUUUUCAUAAGUUUUUGAUGGAGAAAAUUAAAUACUUGUAACUGAUUAACUUUGUAACAUGUGUAUAAGCAUGUUGGUAUGAUGUGUUAAGUAGUGCCAUUCAAUCCACACAUUGCCUACAGUGAAAUAAGAGUUUUAUUUGUACAUCCACACAUUGUCUACAGUGAAAUUAGGGUUUUAUAUGUACAUAAGAGUUCACAGAUUAAUGUCUUAGUAUAAAUUUUGUAUAAUAAAAUGUAGAAGUAUAAAAACUCUAAAUUGUAUAUGAACACUGCAUUUUUUUGUGCAGUUUAAAACAGAAGUACCCGGUAGAGGUUAUUCGAGGGAUUACUCAUGUUUGUUUCGUGCUAUAUCAUCGGCAGAAUUCCAAGGUAUUUGUUGGUGCCCAGACCUGGAGGGGUGAGGAUAUCACCAUAUCCCGAGGGAUUCUGCUGAUGUUAUAACAUGAAACAAAGGCAUUAACGCUGUUGUAGCAUAAUUUUGUAAAAAGUUGAAAAUAAAUGUAUGAUUCAUCAGUGUAAAAUUUUAUGGAACAUAUGCAUUGUUUGAUCAUGUUGAUGUCAUUUCCUUUAAAUUAUGCAUUGCAGGGUGGUAAAUAUGUUUACACUUAGCCACAGAAAGGUAUGUAAACAGCGCAUGAGCUUAAAAAUCUCUGUUAACACUCGUUUACUAUCCUGUUAAAACAACUCCUAAAAAUGACAAUAAACAUCAGUUUUAUGCUUAAUUCAUACUAGAAUUGAUUUUAAUUGGAUUUCACCUUGUGACCCCAAGAAAUUGGUUUAUCACUCCCCCAAAAAUAUUUUCCUAAGAUAUGUCUCGAUGGUUUACUACAAAUGUACUUUUAUUUUUCGAAGGAAAAGUUUAUAAUAGUUUAUAUUUACAUAAAAUUAUUCAUUUUGCUACACAAGAAUGUGCUAGUAUAUAGUCCAGAAGAGAAUAUUGCAUGUUAUUUUGAUACCAACGUAUCUUUUUUGUAAUGUGAAAGUAGCGAGAUGUGAAUCUGUCUCAGCCAGUCCUACUAUGGUAUAUACAGUGUAACAUUUUGUACAGCUUCAAACAGGGUUGAAGUAAAAUGGUAAUCAGACUUGUAUGCAUUUGUCUGUUAACAUUUUUGUAAAAAUUAGACCCUAAACCUAUUCAAAAUAAGAUUGUACUAUUUUCUGAGGGAGCAGUGAAGUUAGUUUAACUGGAGCUGUUGUAGAAAAAUAUAUGAGCCGUGCCAUGAGAAAACCAACAUAGUUGCUUUGCGACCAGCAUGGAUCCUGACCAGACUGCGGGGAUGUGCAGGCUGGUCUGGAUCCAUGCUGGUCGCAAAGCCACUAUGUUGGUUUUCCCAUGGCGCGGCUCAAUUAUGUCUUAGUUACUAGGCUACCUGUUUAUUCAAGAUGUAUUAAAUUUGUUAUGGGAACAUUUCUGCUCUAGGGCCUAGUUAAGAUUAUGAUGUAUGUAAUAAUAUUAUGGAGGACAUGCAACAUAAUUAUAGUACCUAAGUUGACUGGACUGUGAAACAUUGAAACAAGAAAUUCCUUCACUUGACAGCUAUGUUAUGUAAAGUACUUUGUGUGUUAGACUAUAUAGGUGAUUGUUGUGCAUGUGAGAAGAUAUCAUUACAAAUCAACUGCUGCAUGUGUAGUCAUUUAUUUCUAGAUUUCAUGCAAUUCCAUUGAAGUAAGUAUUCAGUCCCGUGUUAAGGGAGGGAAAAAAAGAAAAUAUUUCUAGAUUUUGAAAAAAAUGAGGAAAUUUGCAUUUGUACAUUUAUUACCAGUGUAGUAAAAUAUAAAUAGAUAAUCCACAUGUUACUUAAGCACCUAGAAAAUCGAACUAUUUGAUGUGUGCACACUUCUUGGUCACAUUUUGUAUUGAAAUGUUAAUAGUCUGUUACCAAUUUUCUAACAAAUAGGAAAUUAAACUAAAACUUCACUUACUGGAACACAAGUAAAUUUUUGCAGCACCUGUAUUGUGUCUUAAACAUUUUCAAAGUUUGUGAGUGGUUGAUGUAUACAGUAUUUACAAAUUUUGUUGUGAUCUGUGAUUUUUGAUCACAGGGAUUUAAAGUUUUUGCUUUUAGUAACUUGCAGUUGGCUAUAUUCCACCUGAAAGGUUUUUUAAUUCUUGUAGUGAAUAGUAGAAGCUGAGGAAGAAAAAAAACAAUAAUCUAUAUCUAAGGCUGUUUUGGGGCGAAAGUUUCAAAUUCCUUUGUUUUGAUAUAUUUUACCCAUAUAUCUGGUAAUGUCCAUAGGAGGAUUUGUAUUUUAGUAAAAUGUUUUAUUGUUCUUUCUACAUGUAAUGAUCUUUAUUCAUUUAGAUUAAAUCAUAUUAGUUUUGCUAUGUAGCUUUUUAAAAAUCUAUCAUUUUUUAAAGUUCAACAUUUAAGUUUCAAAUGUAGGAUCAACAUUGGUCAAAUACUUUUCUAUGUUGACUUUACAUCAUAAUGUUGUGAUUUGAAAAUUGUUUGCAAAUUGUCCUCAGCUAAGGGAAAAUAAAAGUUCUGUUGCACUGGGAUAUACAUAAUAUAUAUUUGUAGUUGUUGAAAAUUAUACGUGUCCAACAAAAUUGGUUCAGAGCAAAAGCAGUUGUAUGUGCUUAACUGCAUUUGUUGAAUUUUAUGCAACAAUAUUGAGCCAUGCCAUGGGAAAACCAACAUAGUGGAUAUGCGACCAGCAUGGAUCCAGACCAGCCUGCGCAUCCGCGCAGUCUGGUCAGGAUCCAUGCUGUUCGCUAACAGUUUCUCUAAUUCCAAUAGGCUUUAAAAGCGAACAGCAUGGAGCCUGACCAGACUGCGCGGAUGCGCAGGCUGGUCUGGAUCCAUGCUGGUCGCAAACCCACUAUGUUGGUUUUCUCAUGGCACGGCUCAAAUAAUUAUUUUUGUCUUGCAGAAUAUUUCAACAGAUGCAUUUUGACCUUUGAGUAUCCCAACAUUAUAUUACAGAGAUGAACAAUAUUUGCAUUCUGAUGUUCGUAAUUAACUAUCAGUUUCCUGUAAUUUGAUAUAUCAGAUAAAAAGUGAAAGAAAUUUUUAUAAACAUGUAUUGUCAAAAAAUUUCCCACAGGUUUCAGUAGAGACUUUUCUGGACAUGAACGUAAUUGUUGACUGAAAAUUUCUUUGUUGAAACUUUAUUGCACCCUGGAUCACCUUGUUUUGUUUGUUCCAGUGAAUGAAUACAGUGUUAAUACAAGCAUUUGAUGUAUGAUUGCCUUGUUGAUACAAAUCCAUGUACAUUAAUCCAACUAUGGGACACUUAGUGUAAAACAUACAACUCUGUGUAGCAACUAUGUAUUUUAUUCCAUUUCUUUCUAAUCAAUAGAGGUAAUAGAUAUUAAAUGAGCUUCUUGAAAUAAAAAAAUGAUACUAGUUAA